UAUAUGGGAGAUUAAACAUGCAAUUUUGUUAAAGGAUAAAUAUAAUAUCCUGAUAUUUGUGUUAUUUUCUUUGAGUUUAGUUUACAUUGAGUAGAAAACAUGGAGUGGUAUUUCUCUGCUUUUUGGAUGUAUAUGCAAAUAUAUAUUGAAUUGGGAUGGGCAUGUCCAUUAAGUUCUCCUAGAAUAUUCAGAAGGGAAAAUUCUCCUGUAAAACUUACCUUGGCGACAUCUGUAAACCCUCAAGGAUUGGUUAACUACCAAGUUUUUAAGGACGGCAGGAAUUUAAUGACCAUUGCAAUCUAUAACGGCGAGGUUAUGGAUCAAGAUGAAUGCGUGCUUGCAGACUGUACGUUUACAGGAAAUGCUGCCAACGGUGACUUUUCAAUCACUCUUUCUAAUGUACAGAGAGCGUCAGCAGGAACCUAUAAACUCAUGGCUGUCAUAACCAACGAUGAAAAGGCUUGCACGACACUUUAUGUACUAGGAUCACCAAACCAGCCUACAGUUUCGUCAACCAAGAUCCCUUCCGUCGGGGAGAAUGUCAUUGUCACCUGCAGAAGUUCCUCCACAACCACACCGCCAAACCACGGGCUUAGUUUGUCAUACGAAUGGACAAUUAAUGGCCAGACAAACCCAGCAUCCGCGCGUUACACAUAUUCCACAUCCAGACACCAACUCACUAUCUCCAAUGUGCAGAAGACGGACAGCACCACUGUAUUACAAUGUUCGGCAACUGAAGUUGUUACAAACGGAUACACUUCGCCCGAGAGCUUGGGAUUUACAUUCAACGUUCUGUAUGGCCCGGACAGACCACUUUUAAACGUUGCUUCCCCGUUGACUGUGUGGGAAGGGGAAGUAGUCCAAAGCUUCGAGUGUACUUCCGACUGUUGGCCUGGAUGUAAUCAGAAGUGGAUGAACGCUGCAAAUGUUACAAUACAGCAUAAUGGCACACUUGCACUUGGAACAGGUACCAGGGACGAAACUGGACUAUAUGUAUGCGUCUCAGAAAACAACGCCACAGAAUACAAGAAAAGGAACGAGACGUCUUUGAUGUUGAUUGUCGAAUAUGCUCCUGAUGUGGUAAUUAGCCAGUCGACUACUAUAUGGACUGAAAACAACCCGCUUAAUAUUCGCUGCAAGGCAACAGGUGUGCCAGCUGUGUACAACUACACGGGCUUUGUGCAGCUUGUUGGUGAUGUCGUGAUCUCAAAUAGUCACGCGGAAAGCCCUGGGGUUAGGGAUACUAUAUCUGUCAACAUCCCAUCCCUCCAACUUCAAGAUACCGGGAUUUAUACUUGCAACGUUCAUAAUGGGAUCAUUGGUGUCAACAAACAACUCAUUCAGACAGCAUCGAAAAGGAUCACUGUCCGAGCAUCUCCAAAGUUUUUUGUGAAAGAAACAAACUUCGCCGGAGAACCAUCACGAAACAUCAUCGUAACCAUUCCCUUUGUUAGCGUUCCUGAAUACACCACCUACACUGUGAUACGAAAAGGUGGAAAACCAGUUUCGACGAAUGGAAAAUAUACUUUACAAAUUAAGAAAGACUUUGUUAAUGCUUUGUUCUACGGAAAACAAGUCACGCUGACUGGAAACGUUUUAAAAAUGAUUAUCACCGACUUGUCCGAAGAAGAGUUUGGGAUAUACAACAUACAGAUUACCAAUAGUAUAGAUACAUCGAAUUUCAGCAUCCAUGUUACGGCUGCAAGUAUGGAUUUGUUUUUAACAUAUUUAUAGUGAAGUAGUGUCGAUGCUGUGUUCAUAUUAAAGUCGUUUAUA